AUGCUGGCAGCGCUGAUGCCCCUGAUCAAUUUUGAGCGGCUUAUAGAGGACCUUAACCAGCCUGGUAGUGGUCAGUCGUUGCGCAGCGAGUCGGUAUGGUUGUACCAUGGGAUACUGCCGCUUCGUACUGUCUGGAAUGCGAGGGAAUAUGGCGAUGACGCGGCAUCUAUUGCUGUAGAAGUCAUUAAGAGAACUAUUCAGCGCAAAAGAAACGUUUGCCAGUCAUGCGGUCGCCGUGGCCAGUCCUUCGGAGAAUGUUGUUUUAUGCGUGGGAUUGAAGUCCUGGGUGCAUACAUAUCUACAAAUUCCAAACAUUCAGCUCGAUUUAAGGCUGUCGAAAUCCACAGCGAUUACCAGGAGGCAUAUUUCGUCAAAUCAAGAGCUUGCUAUUAG